AUGUCUCUUUCUCGACACAUCAACGCCGAAGAGGUUAUCGAAGCUUGCAAAGAGCAUCCUCACAAGAAACACUCCAUCCGCGCAAGCGGAUCCGGAACGGGAUACCACCAAACCUGGCGCCGCGAUGAAGACGCCCAACUCGCGCCCAAAUAUACCUUGCCCAAAGUCGGUAUACCAUCGAAAGCCGCUUACCAAUUACUGCAUGACCAGACUGCUCUCGACGGCAACCCUCUACUGAAUCUCGCAUCAUUCGUGCACACAUGGAUGCCAGAAGAAGCCGACAAGUUGAUCAUGGAGAACAUCAACAAAAAUAUCGUCGAUUUGGAUGAAUACCCAGCAGCUUCAAUUAUCCAUAAUCGCGCCAUCUCGAUGUUGGCCGACUUAUGGAAGGCGCCCAAGGAAGGCAAGGUUAUCGGAACUGCUACAGCGGGAUCCUCGGAAGCUAUCAUGCUUGGAGGACUUGCCAUGAAAAAGCGUUGGCAAGAAGCCCGCAAGGCGGCUGGGAAGGAUUACUUCCACCCUAACAUCGUUUUUGGUUCCAACGCCCAGGUCGCUUUGGAGAAGUUCGCCCGAUAUUUUGACGUGGAGACACGCCUUGUCCCUGUCAAAGCCUCCAACGGAUUUAUCAUGGACCCCAACGACGCCUUGCAGUUCAUUGACGAAAACACAAUUGGUGUCAUUGUCAUUCUCGGUAGCACCUACACAGGCCACUUUGAAAAUGUAGCGCUCAUGAGUAAACUGCUCGACGAUUUACAGGAACGCACCGGCCUUGACAUUCCCAUUCACGUGGACGGCGCGUCUGGGGCUUUCAUUGCACCAUUUGCAUACCCGAAGCUGAAAUGGAGCUUUGACGUUCCUCGCGUGGUGUCAAUCAAUACUUCAGGACAUAAAUUUGGUUUGGUCUAUGCUGGAUUGGGUUGGGUCUUGUGGAGGGACGAAAAAUACCUCCAUAAAGACUUGGUGUUCGAACUUCAUUAUCUUGGAAGCACAGAAUAUUCGUUCACGCUCAACUUUUCUAAACCUGCAGCCCCAGUGAUUGCGCAAAUGUUCAAUUUUCUCAAUCUGGGCUUUGAAGGUUAUCGUAAGAUUGCAAUUAAGGACCUUCGCAAUGCGCGGUUGCUUUCUCGGGCUUUGGAAAAUACUUACUUCGAGGUUUUGAGCGAUAUUCAUCGUCCCGUUAAGGGAGAUGCACACGCUAAACAUGACGUUGACGAUCCUGAGCAUUAUCUUCCUGGGUUACCUGUGGUGUCGUUCAGGUUGUCGGAUAAAUUUAAACAGGAGUACCCUCAUGUCCAGCAGGGCUGGGUCCAGUCUUUGUUGAGGACUAAAGGGUGGAUUGUCCCUAACUAUAACGCACCGCUGGGCGCGGCGGAGGUUGAAAUUUUACGCGUUGUCGUUCGUGAGACACUGAGCCAGGACCUCGUUGAGAGACUCAUUGUCGACAUUUUGGAGAUUACCGAAAAACUCUUGGGUAAGACGAGAUUCUUAUCUAUCGAAUAA